AUGAUUAAGUAUAUGCUUAAAAUACAAAAUUAUAAUUCAUUAUUAUUUUUAAAAAAAAAAAAAAAAAAAUUUUACCCAAUUAAUUUUAUUACAAUAAAAAGACACAAUCAUUAUUCAACUGUUAAUAAAAAUGAAAAACAAAAAAAAAAAAUAAACAAUCCUAUAAAUCAUCAAGAUAAUUCUUGGAGUAUAUUACCAUUUGAAAAAAAUAUAACAUUUUUUUCUGUAAGUUUUUAUUUACUUUUGUCCGCUGUCCUUGCUUUACAUUUUUAUAAUAAUUCCCAAGAAAAUAUGAAAAGUAAUAUUAUUGAUCAAAUAAAAGAAAAAGAAAAAAAAAACCUUAUUGAGCUAGAAAAUAAAAAAAAGGAAUUCACAAAAUAA